AUUUUCACUUGUUAAAAUAAAUCGUAAGACGCGUAUCUUAUUUAUGAUGUAUCUUUGGUAUAUAGGUGUGUAUUUUACGAACUAUAGUAGUAGUGACAAAUUAAUUUGGAUUAAAUCAAUAUAGAAGACAUAUUAUUAACUUGAAAGGUUGCAAACUAACCGUCACAACGGGGAUCGAACAGUCAGCCAUGUCCGUCUCUCAGAUGGAAAAGAAUUUGUUCAACUUGAAGUUCGCUGUAAAGGAAUUAGAGAGAAAUUCCAAAAAAUGCGAGAAAGAAGAGAAAAUAGAAAAGGCCAAGGUAAAGAAGGCAAUACAGAAGGGAAAUAUGGAAGGGGCAAGAAUACAUGCUGAAAAUGCAAUUAGACAAAAAAAUCAAGCAUUAAAUUAUCUACGUAUGAGUGCUCGUGUUGAUGCCGUUGCCAGUAGGGUGCAAACUGCAUUAACAACAAGAAAGGUUACACAAUCUAUGGCUGGUGUAGUCAAAGCAAUGGAUGCUGCAAUGAAGUCAAUGAAUUUAGAAAAAAUAUCAGGUUUAAUGGACAAAUUUGAAAGUCAAUUUGAAGAUUUGGAUGUUCAAAGUUCAUACAUGGAAAAUGCAAUGUCACAAACAACAACAACAAAUGUACCACAAAAUGAUGUUGAUGCAUUAAUGCAACAAGUAGCAGAUGAAGCUGGUCUUGAAUUAAACAUGGAACUUCCACCUGGACAAUUAGGAAGUAUUGGAUCUUCUAUAGCUGUAAGUCAGGAACAAGAUGAACUUACACAACGGUUGGCACGCUUAAGAGAAUAAUACCAACUUAUUUAUGUAAUAAAAAUGUUAUAUAUUUACAGCUUAAAUGAAACAGAUACUACUAAAAUUGAUCUUAGUGCUCUAUAUUUUAAUAGUGUUAUACCAAAUGUUAGUUACAUUGUGAAAUACAUGUAGAUAUCUAAAAUAAUACUAAUCUAAUUUCUAAUACACGAGUAAAUAAUACACAGUGUAACUAAUAGUUAUUAUCUAUUAUAAUGUAGUUAUUUGUAUAUUAUAUAUGUUUAUAUAUUCAUAACAUUUUUAUUAUAUAAAAUCAAUUUUUGCAAUAUAAUUUUAAUAAAUUUUAGUUCAAUUUAUAUGCUUAUACAUACAACCAAUAUACUCUUUGUACUUUAAAAGUCAGAGUAUUGUUUAAUAUUUUUUUGAUGUGAAACAUUUUGAAAACUUAAUAUAUUUGUAAAAUUAUAAAAAACGAAAAAUCUAAAUAUUGUACUAUUUUGCAAUAAUAACGUUUACAACUUAAGAUGAACAAGAUUUAAAUUAGAUCACUAUGUAUUCUUUAAAAUUCCGAAAAGCAGGCAUAACAACAUUUUUACUAUAUUUGACAAUAUCUGUUUUUAAUAUUGUAAUAUUGCUUUAUUAAUAGGUAUAUAGGAAUUUAAAUAAGAUAAUAUAUACUUUUUUAUUCUUAUUAAUUUUUUUUUAUAUCAAUAAUCCAAACAAUUAACAUGCACAGAAGUAUUUGUUAAAGCACAACAAUAAUUAUAGAAUAUUUAUAUAUUACAUACACAUAUGUAAAUAAAAUCCUAUCUCUGUAAUGCUGAUAAAUGUUUGUUCCAUAAGUUGCUACUAUUUUUUAUGAACUUUUUGGUCAAUGACAUUAAUUGCAUAAAAUUUAAAUACAAUUUAAAACUGCUUUUUCAUUUAUUACUAUGGCAUAGAAAGAAAAAAAGAAAAAAAUGUUUAAUAUUUCAUUAUAAAAAUGAAGCUAACCUUAAAUUCUUGCUUUAGCUUUCAGAAAUGAUUCAUGUAUGCAAUUGUGUAAUUAUUUAUAAAACAUGUAAUAUAUUACUGAUUUAAAAAAAAAAAAACAAAACCAUAAA